UCAACAUGGAGGCGGAGGUCGAUAAGCUGGAACUGAUGUUCCAGAAAGCUGACUCUGAUCUGGAUUACAUUCAAUACAGGCUGGAAUAUGAAAUCAAGACUAAUUAUCCUGAUUCAGCAGGCAAGAAAAAUCCAGUUACACUCUUAAAGGAAUUGUCAGCAAUAAAGUCUAGAUACAGAACGUUGCAUGUACGCUUUAAACCAAUUGCUGUUGAGCAGAAAGAAACUAAGAGCCGCAUUUGUGCUACUUUCAGUAAGACUAUGACCAUGAUACAAGAACUACAAAAGCAAACAGACCUAGAGCUAUCACCACUGACCAAAGAAGAGAACACUGCAGCAGAACAAUUAAAAUCUUACAUGUCAGACUUAUGAAGAAAUGAACUUGCAAAAGGGAACUCUAAUGGAGAAGAGAUCAAUUCCAGGUUUAGGAGUAUGUCUUGCUAGCAUUUAAUGACUAGAAGUGAGGGAAUAGCAAAGGAGAUUUGGCUUAGGUGACUGCAUAGUGAUGCCUUUCAUAAGAGAGGAGAAUAUAAGAAGGGCAGAUGUUACAUGAAUAAAGUUCAGACAUAAGGAUGGAAUGGGAAUAAAGGGCUUUUUUUAAAUGGACACACACACCUAUUGUGAUUUCAGGAAAAGAAACCUCUUAAAGCUAUUUUGUAUCUGUUUUUGUAUAAUCAGGAUAACAGACAUCCUUGCCUAUUGUAAAAGAAUAUGUACUAUCAGUCAGUCAAAUGUAAAUGAACAUGUUUUGGUAGUUAAAGGAUAGAAAAAGCUAUUUGUAUUAUAUAUUACAUAUAUGUAUAUAAUUUUAUUUUUGAAAAUUUUGAUUGCAGAUGUGGUCACAUUAUUGGUGCUAAUAUGAAACUACUAGUAUGUGGCCUAUAGUCUCUUAAAAAAACCUUACUUCUCUGUGGUAGCCUCACCUUCUUUCCUGUUACUUCUGCCUGUUAAUAUUGAGCAGCAUGAGCUCUGCUUUCAAAUGUUAUUUUAGCCUGUCCCUGUUGUAAAUCAACACUACCUUUGUUCUCCUUUAGCCUAUAUUAUUGUGAUUGUUCUUUCUAUAUGAAAGCUAAGAAAAAGAAAUCAGAGGACUUGCCAGUUGUGCGUGUGUAUGUGUGUGUGUGUGUGUGUGUGUGAAUUUCCCUAUUUAUUUUAAAGUAACUAUUGGCAAUAAGGUAAUUGUCCUAAGUAGGGAUAGAUUGCGAUACAAAUGUUAAUCACAGGGCUAUUUAUAAUAGCAACACACACACACACACGUCUGGCUAAUUGCAGGUAAACAGGCAAGUAAAUCAUGGUGUAUUUAUACAACAAGAUGUCAGAUUGCCAAUAAAUUAUUAUUAAAUGUUCUGGGAAAUGCUGAAGCUAUAUAUAGCAGGGAGAGGGGAAGCAGAUAUGGCAGUUUUGUAGUUAAGAUUGGGCUUUGGAGUUAUAUCUGAGAUGUAAAUAGGUUUUAAAUUCUAGCUGUGUGACCAUGAGCUGAUCAUUUCUUUUUGUCAAAAUGGAUGGAAGAAUGAUGGGAUGGUAAAGUGUUUGGGUUUGAUAUUGAGUUAUCCUUCAAUAAAUGAUAUUUCCACAUAUGUAAUAAAAUGAGACAUUGAAAAGACUAAGGAAAAACAUGUCAAAUGUUAGUUCUGCAGGUCGUAAAAUUAUAUUUUUAUGUAAGGAAAUUCGUUACAAGCAUGUUUUUGUCCAUCAACAAACUUAUUAGUACUUGACAAACAGGAUUGAGAGAGUAGCUUCAGUUAAAAUUGACCUGACUAGUUUGAAUAUUCGAAGAAUGGAAAGCUCCCCUCUUUUUAAAUUACAGAGAAAUAAGUUACACCUUAGUAAAAUAAGUUAAUUUUCUUCAGUACUCAGACACUUUAUUAAAGAAGUUAAUGGGAUGUCUCUGGAAGGUCAUGUUGAUUGGUGGGACUGAAAAAUAGUAUCCCAAAGUAUCAUGAAGAGGUCAUAGCAAGUUUCAGGUGUGAAAGUGGUUUUGCUUUCUAUCAGGAAAACCUAGAUUUUACUAUUUUUCCUCUGACUCCCUUCAGUUAUCUUCUAAAUAUUGGUUCUUCCCCUCAUAGUCUCUUCGAACUUUUUAUAUUUGUUUCCAAACUUCAUUUAUUGCCUUUAGGUGGCUGAUUCCCAAAUACAACUACUAGAUCUGGAUUCGUAUUUUCCAAUAAAAACCUCUAUUUUAAUAAUCAGA